GUUUCACCGGGUAUGGCCAACGUACCCCACACUCCCGACUCCAGCCUCCAAGGGUGCAGGGUCUCGACUAGUGAACCAAAACUAAGUUGAGCCCGGCAUCGCGGGAUUUCGGACGAGCAGUUUGUGAGACUCAAUAUAUUAAGCAUAGCCAGCUCUGAAAUCCAAGCAGAGAAAAUGUGACGCAGUUACCAAUAAUACACGGUGUAAACUAGGCAAAACCCCAACCCAAGGAGAGCCGCCAUAUCAACUUCUUCCUGGUCCUGGGUCUUUCGUCCGAGUCAUGCCUGGAAACCUAUGAUACUCCUCUGUUUCCCGAGAGCGAUCGAGAUAUCCCCGACGUGGCGCCAAGUCCAGCCGGGUUCGAGAUGUUGCUUCUGGCACCGAUACGGCUGGCCUCUGAGUCAAUGUCAACGGCGGGACAACCAGCCAGAUGUGACGCUUCUGCGCACUUGUAAGCAGAUUAAACAGAAAGCUACUAAGGUCCUGUACCGCCAAAACGGCGUUAUCGUCGGUUAUUCCGAGACUACCACCUGUGAACCUACGGAGAAGACCUCACAUACCAACCCUACCAACCCACUCAUUUCUUCCUCUGGUAUCUGCGGCGCUCUACCAUAACCCAAAGCAAGUCCAUCACCUUCCAUACCGGCGGUCAUUGCGCCUGCUGGACGGCAUCGCGUCACCCGCGUAAACAAUGGAAGAACAACGGCAAGGUUCUGAGCAAGAAGUGCUGCCCCCUGUCUAGCCUGGAUUGGCUGCUGCCUUCGCCCGGUAGAGCCUGGGAGGUUCUAGACGUGGGUUUAUUGCACAUGAGUGAAGCACCCUCCGCCGAGAUCCACGUCUCGCUCUUUCUAUACGGCUCUACUGAAUUCCGACUGCCAUGGCAGUGUCGUUUGGUUGCGCAGGGGGGUCCUCAGAUAUCUGCUUAGGAAUGAGCAUAUGAGCAUCUGAGAAAUGACGACAACUACUUAGCUAGAAGCAACUAACUGAAUUGGAAACUGGGCGUUGAGUAAUUGAGUUUAACUGUAGGAAAAACGGGCUUUGUCAUACUUUGGCCACAGCUAUCAUCAAAAGGCUAAAUUAGAG